CCCUGCCCGGAAGCUGCCUUGUUUCCGUCGCAGCUUUGACAGCGGCUCAGUUCUUCUCCUUCACCUCUUUGCUUUUCUUUCUUCCUCCCUCUUUUCUCUCUCUCUCUCUCUCUCUCUCUCUUUCCAGCGCCUGCAGCCCGUGUGUGUGUGUGUGUUUGUGUGUGUGCGCUUGUGCGUGCGUGUGUAUUUAUUUAUUUAUUGAUGCAUCUCAUGUCGGAGCCCCGAGCUCUCUGGUCUUAGUCGCUCCUUCCAAUGAGAAGACGGAAAAGAUGGAGCUGCACAUUUUAGAGCACAGCCUGAAAGUGGCGAGCAUAGAGAAGGAGGGGAUCCAGGUCUGCACUCACGCUUUAAUCAAACUCGCCUUCCUCGCCUCGCGGACACGAUGCAAGUUCUUUAGCUUGACGGAGACUCCGGAGGACUACACCAUCAUCGUGGACGAGGAAGGCUUUAAAGAACUGCCCCAGUCGGAGCACAUCAGCGUCGCCGAUGCCACGUGGUUGGCCCUUAAUGUGGUGUCAGGGGGCGGCAACGCCUCCAACUCGCAACCCAUCGGGGUCACCAAAAUCGCCAAAUCGGUCAUCGCACCGCUGGCCGACCACAACAUCUCUGUUUUCAUGCUGUCGACGUAUCAGACGGACUUCAUCUUGGUUCGAGAGCGAGACCUGCCGAUGGUCAUGCACACGCUGUCUUCCGAGUUCACGUUGCUGCGGGUGGUCAACGGGGAGACUGUUGCCGCGCACAAUCUGGGAGUCACCAAUGGAUUCGUAAAACCUAAACUCGUGCCCCGUCCCAUCAUUCACCCUCUAUCUAGUCCCAGCAACAUGUUCUGUGUGACCAGCCUGGACCCGGACACUCUGCCCUCUGUAGCCACGCUGCUCAUGGACGUCAUGUUUUACUCUGGAGGGCCCAAAGAGCCCGGAGCGUCGGGUGAAGACUCCAACCACAUCCGCUUCUUCUCCUUCUCCCUGAUCGAGGGCUACAUCUCCCUGGUCAUGGAUGAACAGACGACUCAGAGGUUUCCAAACAACGUGCUCUUCACCAGCGCUUCUGGUGAACUUUGGAAAAUGGUUCGUAUCGGGGGACAACCUUUAGGCUUCGACGAGUGCGGCAUCGUGGCUCAGAUAUCAGAACCUCUGGCAACAGCCGACAUUCCAGCGUACUACAUUAGCACCUUCAAGUUUGACCACGCCCUGGUUCCCGAGGAAAACAUCCAAAGUGUGAUCGGAGCUCUGCGGACCGAGAGCACGUCGCAGUGAGGGGAAACCACGAAGGCGAGCGUUUUCAGAAGUCACUUAGUUCAAACGUUUAUCACGUCCAAAAAGUGCCAAGAGCGUAUCAGCGGACGACGGAGGACUGGCUCCGAGAGAAGGAAGAGGUGCAAGCACAGAGUGAGGGUGGAGGUUGUUGUUUUUCUUUCUGACAGUGUGACACUCCCUUCUUCUUUUCUCCUCCACUGCUCUGGUAGUUGUUGCUUUAGUUUUCCCCCCGACUGACUUUCUUCUCCUCUCUAAAGCUGCUUAUUCCCACUCCCUGCCCCUCGUGAGCACCAUACUGUAUUAGUUACAUCAUUCCUCUGAUGGAAGGAUGACGAAUGUACUCUGAAAAAACAGACAGAGAUAUAUACAUAUAUAUAUAUAUAUAUAUAUGUGUGUAUAUAUCUCAAGUUCUCAAUUUCUUUUUUUGGUUUGGUUUGGUUUUUGUUUUUCCACAGGUCAUUUUCUCAGUGCCAAGAUGUUUGAUGCCUGAUUUGAUGCCUUUGUCAAAAUACUUUACAUGUGUGCAAUUGAAGGAGACAAUUUCGGCGUCGACGGGCGUUUUAUGGUUUGUUCGUUUUGCUUUUAUUCGCUGCUGAACAUGUUUUAAUGACAGAAACUAGACUCUCAGACUUCAGAGGUUAAAUUCAGUCGUCUGGUGAAACAUGAAGUGAAUCGUGAUCUCGAUUGAGAAGUUCAUCUGUUAGCGCUUCUGUAAGUUUUAUUCUUUCGCACUGUGAGCAACUUGGUCAGCGGGACAGAAUCUGCAGAAUGUACCGAUGCAGACAAAUCCUUUUUUUAUUUAUCGAUCGGUAAUUGAUUUUUUAAUGAUUCUAAGCUAGAAAGCACAUGUGAUGCAACGUUAAUCAAUGACAUCAGAGUUGCACUUGAUUAGUUUAUUGAAAGAAAAAAUAAUGAAAUGUUUGAUUUAAUCAUUUAAUUUCCUUUUACAAUAUUUUUUUCUUUUACAUGGUGAAUUAAAUCUAGAUAGAACGUAGAGAGGAUCUCACCAGCUGUUAAUGCUCGGACCUGUGAGUACACAGUAUUCAUAUACUACUAUACUGCAUAUAUAUAUAUAGAUAUAUUCACAUCUGCAAUGUGAAUGGAUACAACAGCGUUCACCUCCGGGUCAUUGUAGUAGAACAAGACAGAGAAAGAAUUGCUUAGCUUAGCUUAGCAUCACAAACAGGGAAGCAGUAGCCUGGCGAGGUCUAAAUUAAAAAAAGAAAAUACGACUACAAGCAAAAACUCUAAAGGGAACUAACAGAUCUUUUGAAUAAUCUCAGCGCUAACGAAUGUGAAAUCAAUGUGUUCUGUUUUUAAAGGCUCCUCCAGAACACGUGAAAAUCUUUUCCGGACACGUUUGGUGAUGAAGUUGCUCACAGUGUGGAUCCGCAGUGAGAACCUGACGAUAAAUCCCACAGUGAAAAAAUGUUUGCAUCGGUCAUGAUAAAAUUACUGAGCCACUUUGAAAGUGUACUACGAUGAUGACGAAGCAUAAGCUAAGGUUCAAACACGGGGGGGGGGGUUCCCUCCGAGCCCUGGUGUCCGUGUCGGUGUUGAAGCUGCCGCCCCUGCCCCCCCCCCGCCCCAGUCUGCACUUUAACGCAGGUUCACCCCCGCAGGCCUGCUGUCAUGAUGUGAAAACGGGGGGGAGGGCGAUUAACUUGAGAAAGAUUCUGUCCACGUGGGGAGAUUUCUGUCGGUCUUAAGCAUUUGGUGAUGAUGUUUUUCUUUCACGACACCUUGCACCUGACAGCAUCCGUUCUCCUGACCGGCUCUGAUCGGCAGAACUCAUAUUUAUCAGUGUUAAUACGUGAGGAAGUCACAUUUCUUCUGGUUCCAUUUCAAAGAAAACGUCUAAAGCUUUUCAUUUGGAGCUUCUUGUGUGGAAAAAAAAUAAAUAAAUAAACAAGCUUCUUUUUUGAGCUUGA